AUGUGCCUUUCCCUGACCAGCUAUACACAGCCAGCAAAGCUUCUUCUGAAAGAAACCUCUUUCUCCUCACCCCUCCUCCCCCACCAGUUGCAGCUGCAGGCCAGAGGCCUUUCUGUAAAUCCCCUGGGAAUUACUGAACCUUGGAGCAGAAACCAGCCAGCUGGCACCCCAGCCACGGUGGACAUGGGGGGCCUGGACCUGAUCGCCAACACGGCCUACCAGCAGGCCCGGAAGACCUCAGAGUGCCACAGCAUGGAGCGGCAGUGACGCCGCAGGAGCCCGAUGCUGCCUGGGCAGCAAGCGGUGCCCCGGGACUUCGACAGCCUAUGUGAGCAGCAAUCCAUUGGCCACCACUUCUUCUAGGACUUCCUAGCCACAGUGUCCCCAUCCCAAGAGGCCACGACCUUCCUUGAGGAGUGUCCCUAGGGCAGCAUGCUGCAGGCGCUGGUGGGCACUGGUGGGGCUGCCCCUCCCCUGGGACACCCACACCCCUUCCUCAGCCCAACCCUGGCCACCAGGUACCAAGCAGCCACUACUGAGGAAGAGUGAGCGGCCCUGGUGACACUGGCCAAGGCUGAGGCCGUGGCCUUCUUGCAGGACCAGCCCUCCUGGGAUUUCCUGACCAGCCCGUUCUAUGGCAAGUUUCCACAGUGGAAAGGCUUUGAGAUGUAGCUGGUGUCAAACAAGUUCUUCACCGAGUUCAAGGUGCUAGUGAAAGGUGGUUUGGGGGGCAUAACUGGCCAGCUGAAAACCACUGGUAAGACGUAUGCCUGUAAGAAACUAGACAAGAAGAGGCUGAAGGAGAAAAAUGGUGAGGAAAUGUCUCUCUUGGAAAAGGAAACCUUGGAAAGGACCAGCAGGCCUUUCACUGUCUCUCUGGGCUAUGCCUUUGUGAGCAAGUCUCAUCCCUGCCUGGUCAUGAGCCUGACGAAUGAGGGAGACCUCAAGUGCCACAUCUACAGCGCAGUCACUCGAGGCGUGGCCAUGAGCAGGGUGGCCCUCUACUAGGCCCAGAUGGCCCGUGGGCUGCGGCACCUGCACUCUCUCAGCAUCGUCUGCUGAGACCUGAAGCCUGAGAAUGUGCUUCUAGAGGACCUUGGCACCAGACUGUCCGGACUGGGGCUGGUCAUGCAGAUCCAGGAGGGCAAGCCUGUUACCCAGAGGGCUGGAACCAGUGGUUACGUGGCUCCUGAAAUCCUAAUGAGAAAAGUGAGUUAUUCCUCUCCGGUGGACUGGUUUGCAAUGGGAUGCAGUAUUUACGAAAGGGUUGCUGGAAGAACACCAUUCAAAAAUUACAAGGAAAAAGUCAACAAAGAGGAUUUAAAGCAAAGAACUCUGAAAGAAGAGAUCAAAUUCCAACAUGGUAACUUCACAGAGGAAGCAAAAGAUAUUUGCAGAGGCUUCUUGGCUAAGAAACCAGAGCAACACUUGGGAAGCAGGCUCCUACCCACGGCUCUUGGCAAACCAGACGGCACAGAGUGGUCCUCCUGCAUGGGCAGCCAGUAUCGCAACUUCACUGAGCUGCAUUGUAGUCUCCGUGUGGGGUUCAGUAACACAGGAGCCUCUGUUGAUGCUCAGAAAUAUAUUCUACUCCUACCAGCAGAAGAAGUCUUCCUGCAGCUGCCAAAUCACAGAACAACAACCCCGGGAGGUGUCGAUGACAUUGAAGAUUGCUGUGAGGUUUGGGGUGUCGAAUUUGGUGACGAAGAUGAGAAGUUCUUCCGAAGGUCUGCAGCAGGUGCUGUCCUCAUCGCGUGGCAGGAAGAGAGUAUAGAAAUGGGACCGUCUGAAGAAUCAGAUGGCCCCAACAGGCCUGCAGCUUGUGGGGAGGGUAACUCUUCCAAGCCUGGUGCGUGUUUGUUAUUAUAA